CUGUCCGCAGUCUCUGGUCAUCCCUGUGCUGUCCGCAGUCUCUGGUCAUCCCUGUGCUGUCCGCAGUCUCUGGUCAUCCCUGUGCUGUCCGCAGUCUCUGGUCAUCCCUGUGCUGUCCGCAGUCUCUGGUCAUCCCUGUGCUGUCCGCAGUCUCUGUCUCUGGUCAUCCCUGUGCUGUCCGCAGUCUCUGGUCAUCCCUGUGCUGUCCGCAGUCUCUGGUCAUCCCUGUACUGUCCGCAGUCUCUGGUCAUCCCUGUACUGUGUCCCCAGUCUCUGGUCAUCCCUGUACUGUGUCCCCAGUCUCUGGUCAUCUCCUGUACUGUGUCCGCAGUCUCUGGUCAUCCCUGUACUGUGUCCGCAGUCUCUGGUCAUCCCUGUACUGUGUCCGCAGUCUCUGGUCAUCCCUGUACUGUGUCCGCAGUCUCUGGUCAUCCCUGUACUGUGUCCGCAGUCUCUGGUCAUCCCUGUACUGUGUCCGCAGUCUCUGGUCAUCUCCUGUGCUGUUCGCAGUCUCUGGUCAUCUCCUGUGCUGUUCGCAGUCUCUGGUCAUCUCCUGUGCUGUCCGCAGUCUCUGGUCAUCCC